AAUACUUGAAGCAGUUGAAAAGCAGCUAGAGACAGCCGGAGAAAGAAACACUUGACUGGAGGUAUAACGCUACAGCGGGGAAUACGGAAAACGAGUCUACGGUUCCAGAUACAUCAGUGGUAGUCAUCCGAAAGCAGCCGCUGGAGAGAGUCAGGAAGUAAGCACUGACGGUUUUGGUACAGUAAGGCGCAGCAGGGGGGCAGAGAGGCAAGCGCAUGAGGAGAGGGUGUCCCAAGACCCCUGUCUCCACACACCGCGCUCGCACAAGUUCACGGACAUACACUGCCUAGCGACCCUCAAGCCGCCAUGAGAUCCAUUCGGUCGUUCGGGAACGAUGACCGUCACGUCAUGGCGAAGCACUCCACCAUCUACCCAUCCUCUGAGGAGCUUGAGGCGGUGCAGAGUCUCGUCUCCACAGUGGAGUGCGCUCUCAAAAAUGUGUCUGAUUUGAUGGACCAAGCUCAAGCCAGCCAAUCAAAUUCAUCCAACACACAGGAGGAGGAGACAGAGACCAGCGCGGAUGAAUCACCAGAAGGCAGCACAAAUGAGGGCAGCAGCUGUAGCAGUGGUCCCGCUGCUGGUGGUGGAGGGGUUUUGUGUGGCGUGAUGAGGAUCGAUCUGGUGGCCAAAGGCCUCUUGAUUAAAGGCGACAUGGACCUGGAGCUGGUGCUCAUGUGCAGAGAGAAACCCACCGAAACACUUCUGAGCAUAGUCUGUGAUAAACUGCCCCUGCAGAUACAGAAGCUGACAGAGGAGAAGUAUGAGGUGCAAAGCUGUAUUCCCAAGGCCGCCAUCCUAGUGUGCACUACGACAGAACCCAAACUCGUGCUGAAGGUCACACUCACCUCCCCAGAGUUAAGAGACGAUGGCGAAAUAGAAGAGCAAGAGAGCGUUGAGUCGAGCGAGCCGGCGGACCUGUUGGAUAGACAGAGGUGCCUGGUGGCGUUGGCCUCUCUGCGACAUGCCAAAUGGUUCCAGGCUAGGGUUAACGGCCUAAAGUCGUGCGUGAUCGUCUUACGAAUACUGAGAUACAUGUGUAAUAGUGUCCCGGCGUGGGAACCACUGAAAGGAUGGCCUUUGGAGUUAAUAUGUGAAAAGGCCAUCGCCACGUGUAACAGACCUCUGGGGGCGGGAGAAGCUCUGCGUCGGGUCAUGGAGUGCCUCGCCUCAGGCAUACUGCUGCCAGGUGGACCAGGCCUGCAUGAUCCCUGUGAGAAGGAGCCCACUAACACACUGUCAGCCAUGACAGAUGAGGAGGCAGAGGCCAUCACAUACAAAGCACAGCAUUAUCUGCGGCUCAUGGCAUUUGGGCAGAUCUAUAAGGUGUUAGAAAUGGACCCUCUCCCAUCAAGUAAACCCUCACAGAAAUACCCCUGGUCAGACAAAGAAGGUCUUGGGCUAAAGAGACCUUAUGAAGAUGGUCUGCUGGAUGACAAAGACCUCAUCAAGAAGAUGAAACGCAACCUGCGAAAAGCAGUUCUUGACAGUAAAGCAAUAGACUCAAACCAACCCAUGAACGCUCUUAUGCGCUUGAACCAGAUCCGGCCGGGACUACAGUAUAAACUGUUGUCUCAGUCUGGUCCGGUUCAUGCUCCCGUCUUCACCAUGUCCGUAGACGUAGACGGCACUAUUUACGAAGCCUCUGGCUCCUCGAAGAAGACCGCCAAGCUGCAUGUGGCUGUAAAGGUGCUGCAGGCAAUGGGUUAUCCCACAGGCUUCGACACUGACCUGGACUCUAUGAGUGCAGAUGAGAAGUCAGAUGGGGAGGGCAAAAGCGAGACGUCCACACACUCAAGCAAUAACACAUUACACUCCUCAGACAACUCCAACACGCUGGAGGUGCGAACUCAGGGUCCUAUUUUGACGGCAAGUGGGAAGAACCCAGUGAUGGAGCUCAAUGAGAAACGUCGAGGCCUGAAGUACGAGCUCAUCUCCGAGAGUGGAGGAAGUCAUGAUAAACGCUUCGUCAUGGAGGUUGAAGUGGACGGGCAGAAGUUCCGUGGUGCAGGGCCCAAUAAGAAAGUAGCCAAAGCCAGCGCUGCCCUCGCGGCUCUCGAGAAACUCUUCUCCGGGCCCAAUGCAGCUGGCAACAAGAAGAAAAAAAUUAUCUCUCAGACUAAAGGGGCAUUAGCUGCAGCUGCUGCCGUGUCUGCCGUAGCGGUCCAGGCAGCUCGGGGAAGAGGAAGACCCACCCUCACGCGAGGAGCCUUCGUCAGCGCUGCCGCAGCACCGGGAUACGUCACGGCAGGCUUCGGAACCCCCUACGGGUACAGCGCAGCGGCCGCCACUCCUGCAUAUGGUUUGCCCAAGAGAAUGCUUCUGUUCCCCGUCAUGAAAGUGCCCGCCUACCCCGUCCCCCACUACUACUCCUUUUAGCUCAGGAGCCACCACACACACACACACACACACACACACACAGCUUAAAUUUACAUCAGUCUUAUGAAAUCCAGGGCCAGCUAUAAGGAUUUUUGUAAAGUGCUUUUUAUUCAAUCAUUUUUUGUUCUAUUAUUGUCUUUUGAUUUAAAAAAAUACAGGUUUUAUGUUCUUCAGAAAUACUUGAAGGAUUUGUACAGUGAUUAUUACCUCAUUCUUGGACAUUUUAAAAAUAUCAGCCUUUUUUUUUUGUUAUCGUGUUUGUUUGUUUUCCUGUAGAUUGGGAAUACUGUAGGCUGUUUUGACACAGGCUUAAUCUAUGUACGGAUAUCGGGAGCUGUGUUAAAGAUGUAUAGAUCUUAUUCAAACUACUGCUGAUAAAUAAACCUUUAUCUUCA